AUGGCUCUGAGACAAACUCUGUUCGCCGUGAAUCCACUCAAGAAGAAGAAAGUCCCUGCCACUGUGAUCAAGGUCCACGAUCCAUCUGAUGCUGAAUCUGAGCCAGACGAUAUCACUGAUACUGCUACCAAAUCUGGUCAAGAUAUUGAAAACAAGGACGGCCAGCAGGUAUUCUCAGGGGUGACGCAAGUUUCCAAACGCACUGGACAGAAAGUCCGAGUAGAUACCGCACAGGACUCCGAUGAUGCAAAUUCAAAGGUGACUGGUUUGAAAAAGGAAGACAAAGAUGUUGACAAGGAUGGAUAUCAGCGUAUUAAGCUGUACUUCUACCCUCAGGGCAAAGGUCCAAAGCAGGUAAGUUGA